CAGAACCUUCCCUGCUGCGCCGGGCGUCGGGUCCGCCAGGUGCCCGGCGCUGCUGCCCCUCAGCGCCCCGCGCCUGCGGCCUUCCGCCUCGUGCUUCGCCACGGGGCAUUACGACGCCCGGGCCUGGGCCUCGGGCCGCAGCGCGGGGGCCGGCGAUGAGCGCGAGGAGCCGGCAUGAGCGCAGACAGCAGCCCCCUCGUGGGCAGCACGCCGGCCGGUUAUGGGACCCUGACGAUAGAGACGUCUCUCGAUCCCCUCAGCUCCUCAGUUUCAUCCGUGAGGCUCAGCGGCUACUGUGGCAGUCCCUGGAGGGUCAUCGGCUAUCACGUCGUGGUCUGGAUGAUGGCGGGAAUCCCUCUGCUGCUCUUCCGCUGGAAGCCGGGCUGGGGGGUGCGGCUGCGGCUCCAGCCCUGCACCCUGGCCCGCGCCGAGACACUCGUCAUCGAAGCCAGAGACAAAGAGGAUAGCUCCUGGCAGCUCCACACGGUCCAGGUGCAGACGGAGCCCGUCAGCGAGUGCAGCCUGGAGCCGCCCCCGCAGGCCCAGGCGGAGGAUGGCCGCAGCCAGGCGGCUGUGGGGGCAGUGCCGGCGGGUGCGUGGAAGGACACCGUCCGGCUGCAGGGGACGGAAGAGGCGCAGCCGGUGCUGCGGUACUAUGUCUUCCAAGGCCAGCGCUACGUCUGGAUCGAGACCCAGCAGGCCUUCUGCCACGUCAGCCUGCUGGACCACGGCCGCACUUGUGACGAAGUCCACCACACCCGCUGCGGCCUCAGCCUCCAGGACCAAGCUGUGAGGAAGACCAUCUACGGCCCCAACGAGAUCAGCGUCCCGGUCAAGUCCUAUCUCCAGCUGCUGGUAGACGAGGCACUGAACCCUUACUACGGAUUCCAGGCCUUCAGCAUCGGGCUGUGGCUGGCCGACCACUACUACUGGUACGCCCUGUGCAUCUUCCUCAUCUCCGCCGUCUCUAUCUGCCUGUCGCUGUACAAGACCAGAAAGCAAAGCCAGACUCUGAGAGACAUGGUCAAGGUGUCCAUGCGUGUGUGCGUGUGCCGGCCUGGGGGAGAGGAGGCGUGGGUGGACUGCAGCGAGCUGGUGCCCGGAGACUGCAUGGUGCUACCUCAGGAGGGCGGGCUGAUGCCCUGCGAUGCCGCCCUGGUGGCCGGCGAGUGCGUGGUCAACGAGAGCGCUCUGACAGGGGAGAGCGUGCCAGUGCUGAAGACGGGCCUGCCCGAGGGGCCGGCGCCCUACAGCCCCGAGACCCACCGGCGGCACUCGCUUUUCUGCGGGACCCUCGUCUUGCAAGCCCGGUCCUUUGGGGGACCCCGGGUCUUGGCGGUGGUGACCCGGACAGGGUUCUGCACGGCCAAGGGGGGCCUGGUGAGCUCCAUCCUGCACCCCCGGCCCAUCAACUUCAAGUUCUACAAACACAGCAUGAAGUUUGUGGCUGCCCUGUCUGUCUUGGCUCUCCUGGGCACCAUCUACAGCAUCUUCAUCCUCCACCGCCACCGGGUCCCCGUGCGUGAGGUCGUGAUCCGGGCUCUGGACCUGGUGACAGUGGUGGUGCCGCCCGCCCUGCCGGCCGCCAUGACGGUGUGCACGCUCUACGCCCAGAGCCGGCUGCGAGGCCAGGGCGUCUUCUGCAUCCACCCUCUGCGCAUCAGCCUGGGCGGCAAGCUGAGGCUCGUGUGCUUCGACAAGACGGGCACCCUUACCGAGGACGGCCUGGAUGUGAUGGGCGUGGUGCCCCUGGAAGGACAGGCGUUCCUGCCCCUGGUCCCCGAGCCCCGCCGCCUGCCUGUGGGGCCCCUGCUCCGAGCACUGGCCACCUGCCAUGCCCUCAGCCGGCUCCAGGACACCCUAGUGGGCGACCCCAUGGACCUCAAGAUGGUGGAAUCUACUGGCUGGGUUCUCGAGGAGGGACCGGCCGCAGCCUCGGCAUUUGGGACCCAGGUCCUAGCGGUGAUGAGACCCCCACCUCGGGAGUCCCAGGUGCAGGACAUGGGGGAGCCGCCCACGCCGGUCAGCAUCCUCGGCCGCUUCCCCUUCUCGUCAUCCCUGCAGCGCAUGAAUGUGGUGGUGGCGUGGCCGGGGGCUGCUCAGCCUGAGGCCUAUGUCAAGGGCUCCCCUGAGCUGGUGGCAGGCCUCUGCGACCCCAAGACAGUGCCCGCCAACUUCGCCCAGAUGCUGCAGAGCUACACCGCUGCCGGCCACCGUGUCGUGGCCCUCGCCGGCAAGCCGCUGUCCAUUGCGCCCAGCCUGGAGGCGGCUCAGCAAGUGACGAGGGACACUGUGGAGCGGGAGCUGAGCCUCCUGGGCCUGCUGGUCAUGAGGAACCUGCUGAAGCCACAGACGGCGCCAGUGAUCCAGGCCCUGCGCAGGACCGGCAUCCGCACCGUCAUGGUGACAGGUACCCGCGCCGUCAUGGUGACNGUGGCCCGGGCCUGCGGCAUGGUGGACCCUCAAGAGCGGCUGGUCAUCGUCCACGCCACCCCCCCCGAGCGGGGCCAGCCUGCCUGCCUGGAGCUCCUGCCGGCGGAGCCCCCCGCCACCGCGAACGGGGUCAAGCAUCCUGAGCAGGCCGCGAGCUACACCGUGGAGCCAGACCCCCGCACCAGCCACCUGGCCCUCAGUGGGUCCACCUUCGCUGUCCUUUUGAAGCACUUUCCCAAGCUGCUGCCCAAGGUCCUGGUACAGGGCACUGUCUUUGCCCGCAUGGCCCCUGAGCAGAAGACGGAGCUGGUGUGUGAGCUGCAGAAGCUUCAGUACCGUGUCGGCAUGUGUGGGGACGGUGCCAACGACUGUGGGGCCCUGAAGGCGGCCGACGUGGGCAUCUCGCUCUCCCAGGCCGAGGCCUCGGUGGUCUCGCCCUUCACCUCGAGCACGGCCAGCAUCGAGUGUGUGCCCAUGGUCAUCAGGGAAGGCCGCUGUGCCCUCGACACGUCGUUCAGCGUCUUCAAGUACAUGGCCCUGUACAGCCUGACCCAGUUCAUCUCUGUCCUUCUCCUCUACACAAUCAACACCAACCUGGGCGACGUGCAGUUCCUGGCCAUUGACCUGGGCAUCACCACCACGGUGGCCGUGCUCAUGAGCCGCACGGGGCCGGCCCUGGCGCUGGGGCGGGCACGGCCGCCCGGGGCACUGCUCAGUGUGCCGGUGCUGGGCAGCCUGCUGCUGCAGGUGGCCCUGGUGGCCGGCGUGCAGCUGGGCAGCUACUUCCUGACCACAGCCCAGCCCUGGUUUGUGCCUCUGAACAGGACGGUGCCCGCGCCAGACAACCUGCCCAACUACGAGAACACUGUGGUCUUCUCUGUGUCCGGCUUCCAGUACCUCAUCCUGGCCGCGGCUGUGUCCAAGGGGGCGCCCUUCCGCAGGCCUCUCUACACCAACGGUGCUGCUGUGGCGGGGAAGAGGGCUGAAGACCCGAGGCCAGCAGUGGCGCUCGCGUUAGGACCCAGCGGCUCCGGGGCUGGAGGGCGGGCGCCCGCCCCGUCGGGGGCCCGGAGGGGGGCUCGGAGCGGGCAAAGGGGCGGCUCUGGCGGGCGGGCGGACUCGGAACGGGGCGGCAGUGACCGGGACAGCCCUCGCAGCGGACGCUUCCGCCAAGUCCACUGUGUAGCCAGACAAGAGGCUGGCCGGCCUCCGAGCCUGGUGGACACGGUGGACCAGUGUCCUCUCCAAGGAAACUUACGCACACAGCACCAGUCAGAGUGCCAGGGCUUCGGCGCCCAGGGCUGGGUGGCAUCAUGGUGCCCUCCAGUGCUGCCCUUCUAG